UAACAGGACACAAACAUGACCUGAGCUGUGGCUGUAAGUAUUUUAGACUCAUCAUCCUGCACAACGAGGCUGGUUUAGUCAGCUCCGACCGUCAGGUUCCUAUAACGUCUCAUGAGAGGAUCAGCAGUCGAGGAGGAAACCAAUCCCAACACGUGUUGAAGAUGCAUCAUUGCCCUGUUUGUCCAAAGUCCUUCCCCUCGCCGUAUAAACUCCAGAGACAUUAUGUCAUCCACACUGGUCAGAAGCCCUUCGUCUGCAGGAUCUGUGCAAAGGCCUUCACACAGUCCGAGCAUUUAAAAACGCACUCGCAGAAAGUCCAUCAUUCAGGGCUUCCAACGGGACGCCCACCAGAUGGCCAGCGACCAAGUUGUGCCAAACCAGCUGCAGGGAUUAACACGCAUGGCAGUUGUAAUUACACCUCAAUGCCUCAUACUGUGUCAUCCUCGGCGGCCGCCCAGCCAGAGUGGAAAUGGGAAACCGUGCCUCGCGAAAAAUGCCUUCCUUUCUCCGGGUUUGAUAAUGUACCGAAAAAUAUGCCACGUGUUAAUCACGGCUCAUUGACUCAGAACAGUGUCUCAGCUGUUAUGGAUCCAGUACCGCAGGAGCAAAUUGGUUCUGCAAGUGUAGACACAUCUGGAUACACCUGCAAAGUCUGCCUGGAGUCAUUUACUUCGUCCCUUCAGCUUUGGAUUCAUUCAGCGACCCAUAACAAACCAAAACAAUUUGAGAGAGGCAGAGAGUCAGGCCAGACUUUUUCCAAAAAGGCCCAUUCAGAGGUGCCCCUGCAAUUACAAGAACUGAGCUCCAGCAGAAAUAAAAUGCAACACCGGUGUCCGAAAUGUCUCAAAACCUUCUGCUCACCAUCAAAAUUACAACGGCACUUUCUUAUUCAUACGGGGCAGAAGCCCUACUCGUGUAUGAUCUGCCAUAAAACCUUCAGACAGAAAGUACACUUGCAAACCCAUUUAAGUACUGCAAAUAAAUGUUCACUUUCCACAAGCACUGAAAGGAAAAAACAGACAGGUCUCCAGCAUCAGUCAUCACUUCGACAGCGACCCAACAGCCUUUGCAUUCCCGUGAAUUCCUCAGUGGAACUGGCGCUCCAGUGUAAAAUAAGAGUAAAUGCUGUGCCGGACCUGAAAGGGACAGAAAUCAAGUCGGACAUUAAACCGGAGGAAACGUUGAAUACACUCGGUCACCCGGCACGUGAACAGUUGAAACCAUUCCAGUGUAUGAUCUGCAACAGAUCGUUUCGGUUGGAAGUUAAUCUAAUGCGUCAUCAUAAAAUUCACAAGAAUCAAUCAGGAAAUCCAACCAAAGUGAAAAACGGUAAUAAUGUGAACAUGUCUGAUUCUGACACAAUAAAAUAUUCACAUGAGCCCAGACACGCAGAUCUCACUGACUCGAACGUCAUUGUAAAACCAGAAACGUGGAGUGAAAACUGCAGCGAUCGCAAUAACUUUGUUCGUCUGGAUUCAGCAGAGCGGCUGGGAAAAACAUGCCGUGCCACCAGGAGGCAGCAGAGCAUUAACGCUUUACAUCAGUGCCAUACCUGUUCAAAGUGUUUUCCAUCUGUCUCAAAACUUCAGAGGCACAUGAUGACUCAUACUGGACAAAGGCCUUUUGGCUGUGAGAUGUGUGGGAAGAGAUUUCGGCAGAAAACACACCUGAGGGUCCAUUUUCGCACUCACCUGUGGACCAGAUAUCACAAGCAACGGUCGCUGUAUAUCAGUCGGCCGCCUUCUUGCAUAGGCGGGUUUAACACAAGGACUGCACGAGAUGUCCCAGUCCAGGAAACGUUAACACACAAGAAGAGACACACUGGCAGUUAUUUGGUCCCUGUGAAACACCUGGAUCAGACCUCUUCUGCAGUAAUUAGUCAGAACGACAACAGAGAAUCGGAUAAAUUGUCGGCACGUUCCUCACAAAAAAAGACCAAAGCCAAAUCAGUACAAGAUCCAGGCAAGGUAGAACACAAGUGCUUCCAGUGUUCAAAGUGUUUUCCCAGUGCCUCGAAGUUACAAAGACAUGAGAUGGUGCACACGGGCCUGAAACCAUUCCGGUGUCUUAUGUGUGGGAAAGCAUUCAGGCAAGCUCCACAUUUGAAAAGCCACGAAAGAACUCAUUGUGAGAGGAAACAAUUCAAGUCAGCCAAUCAACAGGAGAACGUCAAAAAGCUGAGAGUGAAUAGUCGACAGCAGCUUUACCCAAGGAUCAGUGUUCGGGUCCCACUCCAGAAUAAAUCUGUGGACACGGACAUAACAAAUAUUGAUGAUGCUGUGUGUAAUGAAGUGAGCGGGUUAUCCGCCACGAAAGUAAGCGAUAAAAGUAAUGUAACGUGUAGAAAAAGGAAAGUUCACACAUGCCGGAUAUGCUUUAAAAACUUUGCUUUUCCAUAUCAGCUCACAAGGCACUUGGUCGCUCACUAUGGGAUAAAGCCAUACAAAUGCACUUUGUGCAGUAAAACCUUCACACAGUGCGGCCAUCUAAGGGUUCACGAGCACAGAUGCAGACAGAGUAACAGGGUGUCACCUGUUCAAGGUGACACGAUGCAGACGAACCAUCUAAAGGAUAAAUACAGUGAAAACCGUAUUGAUUGUAAAGCGGCUAAUGGUAAUUGUGGUAAUGUGGCUGCAACAAGAGAGCAGCCGGAGUCCCAUUAUUCCAGUGCUGACUUUUACUCGCUGACUGAUGAAGAUUUAUCUUAUUGUUCGGAGCAAAUGGAUGCUGAAUGGCUGGCAGUGCCAGAAGUAGGCUUACAAGAAGAGAAUGAUGAAUCAGAGAAAAAACAGAGAGAGAUUUGCAGUCAGGUUACAGACGACUAUGAUAAGGCCACAGACCAUUUAAGUUAUUCAUUUCCCUCGGAACUUGCUUUUGAAAUCAGUAAGCUUGUCCAAAAUCCAAAUAUACCAGCUCCACCUUUGUCACACCAGUAUGAGGGCAACACACAUGAUGUAGAAGUACCAUGUCAGCCUAAUGGAGUUACGGCCAUAUCGGACAGCAGCAUGCAGCUCAUUGAUGAACUUGCGACUUCUGUGUUUGAUGAUCAAAUGCAGCCAGAUAAUUACUGGUGUGAGCCAGUCACCGUGUUUGAAUGUGACAAGUGCGCUGCAAGUUUUAAGAGCGAAGACGAUCUCAAGCGACAUAUUUGUUCAACUAACAUCCGACCUGUGAUGACAGCCCAGAAGAAUCGCUGUGACGUUUGCCUCAAAUAUUUUGUGUCUCCCUAUAAACUUAGAAGGCAUUAUCUGAUCCACACUGGUCAGAGGCCAUACAGGUGCGACAUUUGUGGCAAGAUGUUCACACAGUCAGGACAUGUCAGAAUACACCGACUGACUCAUCGAUAAUCAAAAUGUUAGUCUAAUGUUUGUUUUUUUGUGUUUAAUGGUGUUACAUGAUGAUUAUUAAUCUGAUUUUGGGACUGUAUAUAGACAGCAUGUAUGUAAAUAUGUGAUAUAUAUACAUAAUAAUGUAAUCAAUGAAUGUAAUUUAUGUAUAAUAACAAUA